GUGAAAAGGGAAAUGCGUAUCAUUUUCCCAUUUGCAAAAUGAGACAUUUGAGCUUAGAUAACGAAGAGCUGUUAUUUCUGCUAAACAAUUUGUGUCCUUCUCUAGGGUUUCCUUAAGACGCAACAAUUAAUGUAGUAUAGAUAGUGAAAAACAGGGCAGGAUUGUUCUUUUAAGAGGAUUAACGUGAUAAUUAGAUUAUUAACCUAGUCCUUAUCUUGAGUAUAUCAUUAUUAAUGGCAUUUUAAUUCAGCUUUUAAAUGUGGGAAUUAAGCCGUAACAAGCUCUCAUUAUCACAACGAUGGAAGUUCUGAUAUAAUGCAGAUAAGAAAGUAACCUGGUGCUUGGGAAGUGAAUUGGGAUAAUUGACAUAUUUCUGUACAUCUUUUGUUGUCUUUGCAUUGUCUACACAUUUAUUUUAAUUGGGCAGUUAAAAAACUAUGCAUGAUGCUGCAGGGAACUUGUUUGUGUCGAUAAAAUUAUAUGAUCUUCAGUGCUAUAUAUGAAAUUGCUAAGGACAGAACAAUUUAAGUGCACACUAAGAGUUGUUAGUUUUUUUACAGCUACUUGUAUGCAAGUAUUAGAAUUGUUGAAACAUUGGCCUGCAAGCCAGUAACAAAAGUUGGAAGUAACUUUGUAGAAAUGUUAUCCCUAAUAUGUCUGAAAAUAAAUGUACGUGCAUUUCAGAAUCAACCUACUAGUAGUAUGAAGAUAAACAAGACAUUAUAAAGUAUGGGUCAGUGACCAAGUGGGUCAUACAAAUUGGGUGUACAAAAUUAUUAGUAGUAUUCUGAUAUCAAUGAUAAUGUCAUAAAUUUUAUUCAUGCCAUAUUUUAUGCAUGCCAGAGACACUGCUGUGUAUCCAUGUGCUACAGUAAUGAUCACGAUUAACGGCACAGCUGCGGAAGAUUUACCACAGUUAAACCCUGUCGCAACUGCAUCUCUACCGUAGCAGUAUUUAUGAGUGCUACUGUAGUGUCACAAAGAUGAUCUGCCUGGGAGGACAAGCGGAAUGACAGAUAGGGAUUCUUAAAGAUUACACGUCCAAUUUAACCCAAGGUUUGCUCUUCUAUAACAGUGAUGUGAUAUGUGAUAUGAAUGGGAACUGCUCUCUACAUACACACUCCACAGAAACUAUAUCCCAUAGUGACAUCCACUUCAUGUUGAGAUUAUAAUGUUAUGAAAAUUUUUACCUUGACACGGAGGACUGAUUCAGAAGAUUUGAAGAGGUUGCAUCCAAGAAAUUUUUUUUUUUGUGGAUAAGCUGUUAAGUGGUGUAACUGUUAUCAACUUUUUGUGUCAUAUGUUUUCCAGUCAAAAAACACAAGUGUUAAUGUUACAACUGACUUCCAAAAAAUCUGUGCAUACAGAUGUAUCUGGUAGUGGUCUGACCAAAUCUUUGUACUAUCAGUUAAGAAGGAUGAAACAGCAAUUGUUUAGUUAUCAUUGAGCAGAAUUACAGGAAAAAGACUAAUAAUCAGCAUUGCCUAUGGGAGUAGCUUUUAUGAACUUUCUUCGGUAAGUUAGAAAAUUUGGCAUGUGGACAGUGACAUUAUGAAGGCAUAUCUUUCUGAUUGUCUGUGACUUGCGGGAGGAGGAUACAAAUGAUAAUUGACACCCUGGUUAUCAGUAAUGAUCAGAAUUAAAUUAGACUCUGACUGAGCAUAGUUAAGAUUCCUGGUGCUGAAAGUCUGAGCAGGCCUAGACUUGUUGGUAAAGCACAUGGGAAAGGAGAAACCCAGCUUAGUUUUCCAGAAAGGAGACAACCUUUGAGAACAUUUAACAUUAUUGUGCAUCUUACCUGUCACACUUUGUGGGCUAAAAAUUGGACAGACAGGGUUCAUGGCUGAAAGUUCUUAAAUAUUGGAAGAAAUAGAAAGGAAAAAAGAAACAAGAAGGCAAUGCCAUCGAUGAAAUACCAGUGAAAAGAAAAGGAUGAGGUAACUUACAGUGGUUCAGUGAGUUGAGCAAUCAAAUGAAACCUUGGUUUUGUUGAAAUUGGAAAGUCUUCAUGCUUUAUGAGAAGCAAACAAUUUUUACAAUCUGUUAACUUGAGUUUUGACUAAGUUCAAGUGACAAACCUGACUUGAAGCAAUUACUAACUCUUUGUUAUUACCCUGCAGUCAGGAAAGGAAAAAGUCAAGUAAUCAUUAUUAGGGUUAAAAAAAGAUACAGCUGCUGAAGAUUAACAUAGCCAAAGUGGAAGGUGUAUUACAGUAACAGUCUGAGGGUUGCAUACCAAUGUGGUUUUAUAAUAGCUCCCUUGUGUGGUUUUAACCAACAUUACGGAAUUAUUUAUCUGUCUGGCCGUGACAGCUUCAGUAAACAGGGGCUAUCCCUUCAGAGGCUUCCUGUCAUCUAAGCUGAGACAAUUAAAUGGUAUGAGAUAACAUUACAGGUGCUCUUGGCAAAGAUGUGUGCUUUUUACUAACUGGAAGGGAGAGAGGCAAUGACAAUAGCAUUUGUUAUUUGGCAGAGAUAAGAAAACAUGAUGUAAUGCUGAAAAACUCAUCGGCGUAAACAACCCUGACGCUAACUAGAUGGAAUAAAGUGUUUAAUUUGUCCAAAAAACAGACAGAGAGCCCUGAUGUUAUGCUGUCAUCCACAAUACAUAAAAUAGGAUCAUAAAAAUAGGGUGAGAAAACAGGUUUUUGAAAGCCUUUGUUUUACACUGGUUCCCAGCAAGAGAAGCAUUGAUUCCAGUUAGAGCAGCAGCCAUUUAUGUGGGAGUAUUGUGGAGAAAAUGUUAAAAAGAAUGUAUGCAAGCCUGGUUAAGCCUCUGACUGCAUUUUGGAAUCAUCACAUCGCUUGAAUUGGCAUCUAUGAAGAGAAGAAUCUCAUUCUAGUUGGAAGGAUGUCUUGAAAAAAACACAGCUUCAUAAAUGAUUGAAUGUAGCAGUAGAAAUUGACCAGAUUCGUACAGAGAUUGGCAAAUGUGGCAUCUUUGGAACAUUUCUCAAUUUCUCAAUAAAUUGUGUGGGAAUUCAACAGAUGAAGAAGAACAGUGGAGGAGUUAUGAGUAAAACAAAAAAUAACCUGAUACAUGUAGUUUAUAUCUGACACCAGGCAGGAAUGACCUGAAGUUCACUUAAAUAAAAACUUCUUGUGUGACUUUGUAAACUGUCACAGUAGACCAGUAAAACCAAGAGCAAAGAACGUGGGAAGUUGGGAACUUAUUUCAGAUGAUGAUGAUCCGCUGUCAAAGUGAACACUCAAUGAGAGGAAAGAUGUUUGUUAUAACUUGUCUGCAGAAUGAAGCCUCGUCUGGCAGCGACAAAUACGGCAGCAACUUGCAGAUGACUUACAAUCCUUCCUUCAAGCCAUUCAGCAGAGAUCCCAGUUCUGAGAGUGUCGUCUCCCUGAUGAGCGUUGCCAGCACAACCAACAGUGUCAGCCCACCCUCCACCGCCAACAGGCCUCAUUCUAUCACCAAGGAGGGUGUUUAUGAAGCCACACAGCAAGGCCCUGUGGAGGAAUUACAACUAUUUGGCAAGCGAAAGUCAUCAAUACGGAGGUCUGCCAGGGCAAGUUUUGGCCGUGGGUAUGAUGGGAAAGGGCGCCCCUUUCAACGCCACAUCCAGCGCCUUCUUCUACAGAGCAGGGGCUCCAGAGAGCAACUUAACAGGCCAGUGAGAUUUGCCCCCGUGAAACCACCACAGAUCCAGUUGACUCCCAUCAACUUUGAAGUCCCACACCAAGAGAAAGUUCCACUGUUUGUAGGCCGAGAAUGGCUGUACAAAGAAGUAGAAAAGGAGCUAUAUGGGGAGGCCAGCCACCGUGGUAUAGUGGUCACAGGGGGCGUAGGGUGUGGAAAGACCUCCAUAGUAGAACAGCUGGUGGACCAGAGCUGCUUUGGAGAAGGAAAAUGUGGCUUCCUAGAAAACAAAGAUUUGUGCCAAGUGACAGGAGCCUCCAAGAGCCGUCAAUUAGGUGGGAGUGGCAACAGUAGUUUAAGUGGCAGUGUAAAUAACAGUCCCAGUGGGACUCUAAGCUCUAACGGACUCAGUAGCUCACAGAGCAGCUAUCUCGCUGCUUCAACGCUGAGCCUCAGUUUCACUUAUGAUGCCCUACGGACAAUAGCCUCGGACGUGGUCGCGUUCCACUUCUGUCAGGCAGACAAUAACAUUACGUGUAUGGUGCCAGAGUAUGUGCAUAGCACAGCAGCGUAUUUGUCGCAAGCGCCUCAGCUCUCUGCUUACAGGGAUCUACUCAUCCAGGAGCCGCACUUACAGAACAUACUGAGCAUGAGGGAGUGUAUUCAGGACCCUGCAAGAUCUUUUGUCAAGGGAGUACUGGAACCUCUGCACAAACUGCACCAAGACGGGAAGAUCACAGUGGAAAAUUGUAUCAUUCUUAUAGACUCGCUCAACGAGGCAGAGUUCCACAAGCCAGACUAUGGGGACACCAUAGCCUCUUUUCUGACCAAGCACAUCAACAAGUUUCCAUCUUGGCUGAAAGUCAUCUGCACAGUGCGGACUUCGCUGCAGGACUUGACCAAGAUGAUGCCCUUACACAAAAUCAGUUUGGAUAAGAUUGCAUCCAAUGAGCAUAUCAAUAGGGAUUUACAGGAUUACAUAAACUACCGCAUUAAUACGACACUGGAUGUCAAAAACAAUGUUGCACUCAAUGGCAAGCUUGAAAGCACUACCCAAAUGAAGUUCAGUUCACAUCUAAGUGCUUUGAGUCGAGGCUGCUUCUUGUACUGUAAGUUAACGCUGGAUCUUAUUGAACAGGGCAGAAUAGUUCUCAAGAGCUCAAAUUAUAAGAUCCUACCACAGAACAUGGCAGAAGUGUUCCUGCUUCAUUUCAAUCUCAAAUUCCCAAGUUUACGCUCAUUUGAAAAGGUCUGCCCAAUCUUGAACGUCUGUCUGGCCUCUUUGUAUCCCCUCACAACAAAGGAAAUAUACGAGACUGUUAAUUCAGCAUACGUCCAGCGCUAUGUUCCGUGGGAUGAUUUUCAGCAGCGCAUGGAAGUUGUGUCAAACUUUUUGUUAAAACGACGGGACAGUUCAUUCAUGUUCUUCCACCCUGCCUUCAGGGAGUGGCUGAUUCGCCGGGAAGAGGCAGAAAGUACCAAAUAUCUCUGUGACUUGAGGCAAGGUCAUGCCCUCUUGGCGUUCCGCCUGUCUCGUGUCAAUGCCCCCCUGGGAGCUGAGAAAACGGUAGAACUUGGCCACCACAUUCUCAAGGCUCACAUCUACAAGACCAUUAGCAAGCAGCUGGGAUACUCCUCCCGGGACAUGCAGGCCUACUGGAUGUGCCAGAGUUCGGAGAAUCUCAGCGCUGCUUUGUCCAACCAACGGAAUGUGUUCUCGCCAAAUGUAAAGGUCAGUCGCCUGAUCCUGCUGUCUGGAGCAUCUCCCAAUGCCAAAACGGAAUUCUUCAGCAAUGCACCCAUCCUGUGCGUGGCUGCCAGAGAGGGGUUUGUAGACAUGGUCUCUCUUCUACUAGAGUUUCAUGCCAAGGUUGAUGUCCCAGGCGAUGAUGGGAUGACCCCCCUGUGUCAUGCAGCUGCCAAGGGUCACUCAGAGGUCAUACGCAUGCUUUUUGCGAAACGAGCCAAAGUCACUCAUACGGACAAUGCAGGCCAGUGUCCACUUGUCCACGCUGCUAUAAAUUGCCAGCUGGAUGCAGUCAGCAUGCUGCUGCAAUGUGAUUGGACAAAAGAAGGUCAUGUGACCCUGACUGAGGCCCUACUGCAGUCACUGGUGGCAGCAACCUCCAAAGGGCAUCGGAGUCUGGUAGAGUUCCUCUUGGACAUGCAUGAGCUGGGACACGAUGGUCUGAAUAUUAACAAUCCUGACACCCUCCAAGGCGAGACCCCACUGACGUCUGCUUGUCUGAAUGGAAACAGGGAGAUCAUUGGCUUAUUGCUCAGGAGAGGGGCAGACCCCAAAUCUGUCAAUGCCAAAGGCCUGCCUCCCCUGCUCUGUGCUGUCAAAGCUGGUUGCUGGGAGACAGUGGAUAUGCUGCUGGCAGCUGGGGUUUCCAUAGAGACCAGUGAUCGCCAUGGACGCACUGGACUAAUGAUAGCAGCCAGUGAGGGUCAUUUGGGCAUUCUGGAGAUGUUGUUGUCAAAGGGGAUGAAAAGAGCUGCUCUUGCACAAGUGGACAAUGAAGGCCUAACUGCCCUAUGCUGGGGCUGUCUCAAAGGUCAUCUCCACAUCGCCCAGUCUCUACUAGAACAUGGCGCUGCUCUGGAACACACAGACAACUCUGGGCGCACCCCUCUACAUCUGGCUGCUUUCUUCGGCGACGCCCAGGUGGUGCAGUUUCUCAUGGAGCAAGGGGCCCAGAUUGAGCAUAUUGAUAACAAUGGCAUGAGGCCAUUGGACAGGGCUAUUGGGUGCAGGAAUACUGGGGUGGUGAUAUGCUUCUUGAAGAAAGGAGCAAAAUUGGGUCCUGCCACGUGGGCCAUGGCACAAGGCAAGCCAGACAUUAUGAUACUGCUGCUGAAUAAACUAAUGGAGGAUGGCAAUAUUCUCUACAAGAAGAACCGCCUGAAGGACGCAGCCCACAGGUAUCAGUAUGCUCUGAAGAAGUUCCCAAUGGAAGGGUUUGGUGAAGAUGUCCGCACAUUUAAGGAUCUCAAACUGAACCUCUUGCUCAGUCUCUCAAGGUGCAAGAGGAAAAUGGGGGAUUUCAGUUCAGCAGUGGAAUUAGCCAGCAAGGCUGUGGACAUGAAACCAAAAUCAUUUGAAGCUUUCUAUGCAAGGGCACGUGCUAAGAGAGAUGACAGGCACUAUGCAGCGGCCCUUCAGGACCUCCUGGAAGCACUGAGGUUGGCCCCAAACAAUCGGGAACUGCGACGUCUGCUUGUACGAGUUAAGGAGGAAUGCAAGCAGCAAGCCAAGCUGGAGCGUGCAAGCUCUGGGGUGUCACUGGACCAUAUAGGGCGUGACGAUUUUAGCAGUGCAGGUGCUGUCAUCGAGAGGCCAAAAGAAGAGACUGCCUUAUGACGCCAGGGGUUGGCCCUUUUAGAGGAAACAUUCUAGAACCUUUUCACAAGAGCCAUUGUUUUGAAUAGUUUUUUACUGCUUUUUUGUUUAAUUAUUUAGUUAUUUAUUUAU